AUGCAAGGUUACGGAUCGCCCCAGCAACAACAUCCUUACGGCUCGCCUGCUCCAGGUUACCAGCAAGCACCUCCUCCACAAGGUUACCAACAGGGUUACCAACAGCAACAACAACAAGGCGCUUAUCAGCAAGGCGCUUAUGGCCAAUCCCCAGCUAUUCCUCCAAACGCUAACCAGCAGCUCUAUGGUUGGUUCAAGGCUGUCGAUACCGAUGGUUCGGGUCAGUUGACUGCUGACGAGUUGCAACGUGCUUUGAUCAAUGGCGAUUGGAGCCCCUUCAAUAUCGAAACCGUUCGCAUGAUGGUUAAUAUGUUUGACAAGAUCAAACCGGCUUUCGACGUGGAUGGUUCUGGAAGCAUUGAUCGAAAUGAAAUGUGCAAUGCCUUGAGAACUUUUGGCUACAACCUCUCAGACCGCUUUAUUCAACUUCUUAUCAGCAAGUUUGAUAAAUAUGGUCACGGGACCACAGGCAAAGGAGAUGUGACCUUUGAUAACUUUGUUCAAGCAUGCGUUUCGAUCAAGUCCCUCACUGAUUCUUUCCGACGCUUCGACACGGAUGGUGAUGGUUGGAUUCAAAUCAAGUAUGAAGAUUUCUUGGAGCUUGUGAUUCGUCAGCGUUCGUAA